AGCCUCGUUGGGGGCAUCUGCGACCGACGGACCGGGACAGACGGACGGAAGACCAACGCCCGCGCCAUGGACGACCCGGACAACUCCACCUUGCUCCUGGUCGCCUUCUCGCUGCUGCCGGACAACUCCACCCUGUCGGCCAAUGUCAGCAGCCCGAACCCCGCCAGCGACUGGCCCCUGGUCCCCACUUCCAGCCCCACCCCCGGUCCGGGUCCGAGCAUCCCCUACAGUCCCGAUCAGAGCUCCCCGAGUCCCGAGCCGACGACCGGCGGUUUCCCGGGGCGCACGGUGAGCCCCGGCUCCUCCGCUUUCCCCCGGCCCUGGGUCCCCCACGAAGCCCCGUUCUGGGACACGCCGCUGAACCACGGGCUGAACGUGUUCGUGGGCGCCGCCCUGUGCAUCACCAUGCUGGGCCUGGGCUGCACCGUGGACGUGAACCGCUUCGGGGCGCACGUCCGCCGGCCCGUGGGCGCGCUGCUGGCUGCGCUCUGCCAGUUCGGCUUCCUGCCGCUGCUGGCCUUCCUCCUGGCCCUCAUCUUCAAGCUGGACGAGGUGGCCGCCGUGGCCGUGCUCCUGUGCGGCUGCUGCCCCGGAGGAAAUCUCUCCAACCUCAUGUCACUGCUGGUGGAUGGUGACAUGAACCUCAGCAUCAUCAUGACCAUUUCCUCCACUCUUCUGGCCCUGGUCCUCAUGCCCCUCUGCCUGUGGGUCUACAGCCGGGCCUGGAUCAACACCCCCCUGGUGCAGCUGCUCCCCCUAGGGGCGGUGACCCUCACUCUGUGCAGUACCCUCUUCCCGAUUGGGCUGGGCGUCUUCAUUCGCUACAAAUACAACCGCGCGGCUGACUACAUCGUGAAGGUUUCCCUGUGGUCUCUGCUAGUGACUCUGGUGGUCCUUUUCAUAAUGACAGGCACCAUGUUGGGACCCGAACUGCUGGCAAGCAUUCCUGCGGCCGUUUACGUGGUGGCCAUUUUCAUGCCUUUAGCAGGCUACGCCUCUGGCUAUGGCUUAGCCACUCUCUUCCACCUUCCACCCAACUGCAAGAGGACUGUGUGUCUGGAGACAGGCAGCCAGAACGUGCAGCUCUGCACGGCCAUUCUCAAGCUGGCCUUCCCUCCCCGCUUCAUAGGGAGUAUGUACAUGUUCCCUUUGCUCUACGCCCUGUUCCAGUCCGCGGAAGCGGGCGUUUUUGUCUUAGUGUAUAAGAUGUACGGGAGUGAGAUAUUGCACAAGCGAGACCCGCUGGACGAAGAUGAAGAGACAGAUGUUUCGUACAAGAAACUGAAAGAGGAGGAGAUGGCAGACACAUCCUACGGUGCCGUGAGGGGAGAUGCCUUAGUCAUGGUGGAGACCACCCAGCCCUCCCUCUAAACCCAGCACAGGAUCUUCCAGCGCCCCGAAAGUGUGUUACACUUACGGCCUGGGGGAGCGUGUAGGGUUGACAUAAAGGGUCACAUUUGGUGUUCCCUUUGUUAAGUUGCAUUGCCGUGGUAACCAAGUGUUUUCGUCAAUUACAAAUCACUGUUCUACUAUUACUGACACCUGCUCAGCUAAACGAAGCCUCUUCUAAGUGUUAUUUUUUUCUUUUUUCUCUCUUUCUUGCCUUUUUUUUUCUUUUGGUGUGUGUUUGGUGGUGGUUUUCACCAAUUUCUCUGUUUCUGCAGAGGCUGCUGUAUUAAAAAGCAGGGUUUGGACAUAUACAGUUUGGGCGCCCCAGCCUCUAUGAGCAAAACUGGCUA